AUGGAGUCUGGAAUGCAGGACAGUCACAAAUCCUUUCUCAUAAAAGAUCUGUUGGGUGAUGUUCUGAGACCAGGUGCAAGCGGCUCAAUCUUGGGGCGUAUCAAUUACCAUCCAUUGGACGAGGAAAAUGCCAGUAGAUGUGAUUCAACUGCGCAUAAUCAAGACAAUUCUGAUGACGAAAUAUCUGUCGGCGAUAACCGUUCAGAAACUUCUACACCUCAGAGACAUUAUGAAUUUGACACUGAAGAUAAGCGAAAAGAUAAAGCUACAGAUUCAGAUAAUGAUUUUCACAAUGAAUACAACACUAAUAGACUAGAUUCAGAUUUCAAUUCACCGUUCAAAGACGAUGAAUUUGAAAGGACUGAUGAACCUAUGAAGAUAUAUGACCCAUCCUUGUUCCACUUGUAUAGAUCGGAUCGAGGGAAAGAUGAAGAAGCUUUUGUGCCCGACUCUAUUUCUAACAGCAUAUAUGGACGGAGUAUGGAUCUAACGAAGACUAGUUUUCAGAACCAAUUGCUGGCUGGUUUUGCUGCAUCAGUUAUCGCUGGAGGGUCCCAAAAUGAUGCACAGGAUACUGCUGAUCGGCAACAAGUAACCCGUAGCUCGUCAGGAUCGGGCCGCAAGCCACGCCGGCGCAGGACCGCAUUCACACACGCGCAGCUGGCGUACCUCGAGCGGAAGUUCCGCUGCCAGAAGUACUUGAGCGUGGCGGACCGUGGCGACGUGGCAGACGCGCUUAACCUGAGUGAGACGCAAGUGAAGACCUGGUACCAAAAUAGGAGAACAAAAUGGAAGCGUCAGAACCAGUUGCGGCUGGAACAGCUGCGCGCGCAAGCGGCGGGCGGCGAGCGAGAGUUGUCUGCGCAUGCGCUGCCACUCGCUUGCGCGCUACUUCCUCCGUACCCCGCCUACAUGCACUGUCAUCUGUGA